GUGCACGUGAACCAUGGGAUAUUACAGCCUUUGUGAUUCGUGACUUACAGUAUAUUCCUCAUAUUUGUAUGACUACCACCAUGAUUGUAUUUUAGGUAACAAAAUUGGAUAAUGAACAUUGUGAAAUGUUAUUAUAUCAAAAUAUGAUAAUUCGUGAGUCUGGGAAAAUGAAGGAUGCAUUAGAUCAUCUCAUAACCCAUGAACAUCAAAUACCUGAUAAGCUAGCGGUAACUGAACUUAAAGGUACGUCAUUUGUAUCAGAAACUUUGUUUAUAACAGGUAUUCGAAUGUUUCGAUUAGCUCAGUUAAUUAGAAUAAACAUGAUUGACUGAUCAGAUUGAAAAGUAGUUGCUCUACGAUUGUUAAUGCUGUGAUGAAAAUGACAAUGAUUCUGUACUACGCCGUACUGUAUGUUGUAACCCUCAAUAUCACUAGUUUUCUUAAUUUUUUUGUCAAUUAAAAUAAAACAUUUUCCAACAGCUUGUAUCAAUCUGGAGCUUGAUAAUCUUAAGGAAGCAAGGAAGUAUUACUGGGAGUUAUUGGAUAGAAAUCCUGAGAAUGUUGGAUACUAUCAACAACUUGAGAAAUCAAUUCAACCAAGUAUGUACAGUAUGACACACAUUCUGGAGACUUUCCCCAGAAAUGUCCAGAAAUGACGUCACAAUAGCAAGGUGUUGCGUUUGUCUUACUGUCGUGUUAGAAUUAAGUUUAUAUUUAAGGUUAGCAAUAAAUAUUAUUAGAUUAAGAUUAGAGUUACUGUAGGAUUAGCAGACCAUCCUGGGAAUGCGUGUGAUCAGGAAGUAUGAUUUAUCGCACGCCUCAAUUAAGCUGUAAUGCGAAAUAUAUUUAUCAAGUCAUUUAAAUACACUGUUGCUUGUCAUUUCAUUUUCGUUCAGUCACUUACUAUAACAAGAUUCACUGUAAACUUAUUGAAAAAAACUAUACGUAAUUAGUUGCAGCUUUGCAAAAAUUAGUUGCAGGCCUUGCAAUAAUGAAAUGUCCAGUACGUUCGGGAUGAAAAAAUGGUCGCACAUUACCACCGCACGCCUGACAACCUUUCCUUCUUGGGAUGGCUUGGGUUAGAGUCAGGAUAAGGAUUAGACGGGUUAUAAGAAUAGAGUAAAAAUUACCUGAACUCCUUUAAAUGGACAAAGGAGUGAGUCACUUGAGACAAGAAACAGUGUGAUUCUCUUUAUUAAUUUAUGUUUAUUGUAUGAUUAUUGAAUAGAAGAUACGCAGGAAAGAAUGAAGAUUUAUAGAACUAUGGCAGAAAAGUUCCCGAGAGCACAAUGUCCAAAACGAUUGCCACUGAAUUUCUUAACUGGUUUGUACUUUUGAUCGUCUUUGUAGCUGUACUGGAAUGCCAAUGUGUUUGAUGUCUUUUUAGCUUACAUAAAAGACUUCCCUUUUCCAUUCAUGUACUGUUUUCCGUUGUCCAGAGUAAUUUAGACAUGUUUCAUCACGCUGAUAUUAUUCUUGAACGUAUUUUCACGAUCAACAUUCCAAUCUAGUGUCCUCAUCCUUCUAUACUGUACUUCAGCACGUCAUUGACCAUCUUGUGGUGAUAUAAGAGUUUCUUCACAUUAUUGGAUGAUGACGGCAACACUCAGCUACUUGUACACCAACCUGAUGAUGUUUUGCUUUAUAUCUAUUUAGGAAGCGAAUUUGCUGAAAAACUUGAUCGUUAUAUGAGACCAGCUAUAAGGAAAGGUGUCCCUCCAUUGUUUGUAAAUCUUCGCAGUUUAUACGAUAAUAAGGAAAAGGUAAAUUGUUCGAAGUAGCGAAUUUUGGCUUUGAUUUGUGACUUUCACCUUAUGACAUAGGACCAUCGCACGAAACGCCACGUUUAUCAGGUCGUUGAACGUCAAAGCGCGGCAACUGAUUACUGUGAAAGUACUCUCCUAACGUGCAACUGAAAAUAUAGUCACUCGAAUUAUACAUUAAAUAUUAAACUACAUAAACUCUAACACUAUAUCGAAGGGUACGAAUAUGACCGUCCUGAUCAUUCAAUUUUGGAGCUGUUGUUUAUUUAUUCAGCCAUGACCUUUUUUCAGCUGAAGUCUAUAGAAGAUAUUGUACUGCAAUAUGAAAAGUGUUUAUUAGAACGAAGCUGUUUUGAUGAAACAGGUAUUGGAAAUGUUUAUGGUCCGCAAUAACGUAAUGUUAGCAGUUAGCUGUGUCUUGGGAUAUUCUCCCACAGAAAGAUUUUCAAGUCUGACUGUUUGAGCUCCCAGGAAUGGAAAAUUUCUGCAUUCUUUGGGACUUAUAGUCGAGUUGACAAUUAUAUCUGUAUAUUUCACUCUAUUUUUAUUUGGUGGACCCUUUUAGCAGAAUGCCCCCUUUAACUGGGACCCAGGGCAAAUUGCCCACUCUCUCUCUCUCUCUCUCUUAGGAGUUUAAGCAUGAAUGACGCGAAGCUGAAGAGGAAUAUAACACAACGGUAACUCCGAAAUUAAACAUUUUAAUAUUCUAGCUUUCGACUAAGAUUCAGUCAUCAUCAAGAAUGAUGUUGAUGACUGAAUUUAGUCGAAAGCUAGAAUAUUAAAAUGUUUAUUUUCGGAGUUACCGUUGUUUUAUAUUUUAUUAAAAUACUCAGUGGUUCCCGUAAUUUUUGAAGAGGAAUGGUGUUCAACAUUACGAAAUUAAUCAUACUGUACAGUAUAUAGUACAAAGGUCUAUGGGUCUAUAUAGGAGUUUUAAACGUCAUCCAUGCUCUGUUUACGCGGCAAUAUGCAUAUACCUGUACUCAUGUACAACAUUUCAAUCUUAUUAGCCAUUACCAGGUACUCCUCUUAAAUAUUUUUUCUGCUAGAAUUCAAAAUGUAAACAUUUUAUUUUGGGUACAAAUAAAUGUUUGUUGUUAAAUAAAAUAAAUUCUGAAAUUACACUGAAAUACUUUCGCUUGCUUCUACUUUUAAAUAUGAAAUGUCCUUAAAAUUUUCUUGCCGGAGCAGGAGCCGGCGUUUUGACUGCCGGAGCUAAAAUAACCGAGUUUGCACAGCCUCCUUCCGCCGCUUGUUUCGAUCGGUGGCAGUCGAUUAAAAACAGACCUGAAUAGUUGUCGAGUAGAACUCUUCUAAAUAGUAGCACCCAUACAAUAUACAUAUCAUUUCAUUGGCGUACUGCAUGCUUGAACUCUCUAAAAUUGAAAAUAAUAGAUAAUUAAACUUCCAUCUUUUAGUAAUGUCAGAUUGUCUGCAAUAUUUUUCAGAAUCUAUGAAAGAGUCACCUACAGUAUUAUUAUGGACACGAUGUUAUCUUGCUCAACACUACGACAUUGUAGGAAAUACUAAAUUAGCAUUGGAAUAUAUUGAUAAAGCAUUGGAACAUACACCCACUUUAAUAGAAGCGUAUAUGAUAAAGGCGAGAAUAUAUAAGGUGAGAUUCGUUCCCAGGGUGACAUUCAGAAACAUCUGCUGGAGAAGUGCUUAAAGGGCGUGAUAUUUUUAAUGACAAGGAACGUCAGGAGGAUGUAAGGGUGGACUCUCUUCAGUACAUGUAUUGCAGUGGCCAUUGUAGACAUCACUUGCUAAUAUUGUUGUCUCAAUUUGUAACUUGUAUGCUGCAUAAAGUAAGAUUGGUUUGUCGCUAUCUUGAGAAAUCUACAAUAUUUCAUCAAGACGAAACAAAUCUACAUUUGGACAUACACUUUUUUCACUAAAGUUUAACCCACCAAAUAUUUGCACUAAACCUUGUGGGGAGGGACCAACAUUCUUUGUUUAAAUAAAACUCAAUCACUCACUGUAAAUUGAGUUAAAAUUAAGUUUAAAAUACCACAAUUAAACAUUAUAGCUGCUUGAUGCCACUUGUUUGCGAGGAAUAAUAUGAUGUUAUUAUUUUCAUUUGAAACUUAUUGAGAGGUAUAACUGAAGCAUGUAAUGUAUAAUGAACAGUGCAUUCCAGCUAUGUUUACGUUUUAGAGCCCACUGAUAUAAUACAUUGAUGUUGUUGAUUUAUAGCAUGGUGGUAAUAUAGUCCAAGCGGCAUUUUGGAUGGAUGAAGCUCGAUCUCUAGAUACCGCUGAUAGAUAUGUGAACUCGAAAUGUGCCAAGUAUCAGAUGAGAGCAAAUGAAAUUGCAAAAGCUGAAAGAACUUGUGGAUUGUUUACCAGGGUAAGGAUGUUGAUAGCUUUUAAUACAUUGAUAGGUAGGCCGAGAUGUUGAAUGCUUGCUUAGUGCUAUUUACCACUGGACUGUAAGGUACUGCCUCGUGCCCAGGCAUGUGCGUGUCGUGCGACGCGUAUUGCAAUGUUGAGCGAAGCACGAAGGGGCUGUUGGGUAGAAAGUCUUCCCAACAGCCUCCUCGUGCUUCGCUUACCAUUCGAAAUACUACAUAGCCUAGAGUAAAUAUAUCGCUUGGGUAUGAGGCAGGGUAUAUAUCUAAUCAUGUAGGCUGAGACCAUUUCUUUGUGGGCUUGCAUGGCGAGAAAUACCGUAUUAUUGUUUUAUUUUGUGGGAAAAUUACGUUAAUCACGUUUAAUUAUUUGGCAAAAUUUUCCAGUUUGUUUAGCGCUAACCCUGGAUUAAAACCUUUAAGUCCUGACCACUACCUGUUCAACUACUUUCUUAUGUUUGUGUACAAUCUGUUUCAAAGUUUGAUCAUUAGUGCGAUUAAACCUACAACUGGUCUGUGGCAUGAUGUAUUUAGUGUUUUAUUAACACGUUUUCAGGCAGGAGAUCUCCCAGAUAUACGUAUUUCCCUCGGGACAAUACAAUUCGAUCACUGUUUUUGAUGUCAAUGAGCUUGUUCUGCGAUUGCUAAGUUCCUUCUCUGUAAAUUGCGAAUGUUUGAAAUGCAUUUCCUAGUGUAUUUUUGGUGAACAUUUCUCAGUAGCUACAUGUAUUGCAGUGGCCAUUGUAGACGUCAGUUGCUAAUAUUGAUGUCUCAAUUUGUAACUUGUAUGCUGCAUAAAGUAAGACUGUUUUGUCGCUAUCUUGAGAAAUCUACAAUAUUUCAUCAAGACGAAACAAACCUACAUUUCAACAUGCACUUUUUCGCUAAAAUUUAACCCAGUAGAAGUGGUUGCACUUUAAAGCCUAUAAUACCCUCCUUCUCAUAUCACACAACCGUAAAUAUGUCUAAAUUAUGAGUUAUUCGAGUUAUUCUGAAUGUCCCAAACUCGAUCAUUGUGUAAUGGAUUUGUAAAGUUAAUACACAGGACAACAUCCUUUCUAUACAUUCUUGUUACACCCAAAUGCUUUUUGAAUUGUUCUACUAUGUAAUGCCUUGCCUGUCAGGCUUGCCAAUAAUUUUUGUUAAGAACGUUAAAUUCAUGCCUAAUUUCCAAAAUUUACUGUGGUAGUCUCUUAUAUCACAAUUCGUCCUUCAUUGUUGUUAUCACAGGAAGGCAGCCUGGCAUCGGAAAAUCUCAAUGAAAUGCAAUGCAUGUGGUUUCAAUCAGAAUGUGGUCGUGCGUAUAAAAGACUUGGAAAUUAUGGAGAAGCUUUAAAGAAAUGUCAUGAGAUGGAAAAGGUAAUCAUUACAAAUGAAUUCAUGCAGUCAAAGCUUUUUGUGACACCUACAAUAUUUGCAAAAAAAACUAUGGAACACAUGCUGGAAUUUCACACAAUUUCAAAGACGCCCCCAGGUCAAUGUUGGGCGUACAAAUAUGUGAUCUCUGGUUGCAAGACGCCAACAUUGAAACGUGUGGGGGAGGGAGGAUGGAAUAAAUGUAUCAAGAAACGAAUGAUUCAUCUGAGUGCAUGUAAAAAAACUAGAUUGUAUAUUACAAAUGAUUGUAGAUCUCGAAUUUGGAAAAUGAAAGAUGGUGUCAUGAUAUUCUAGGCCAGUUUGAAAUUACAUUCAGUUGUUUAAAUCAGUUUACAGGGUUUAAAAUAGAUAUUUUGAAUUUAAAUAUAUUUGUAGGCUGUUUAGUACAUGUACCUUUUUUGUACCGGCGCUUUUUUUCAGGUUUCAGGCUCUGAUAUGCCGAACAUGAAUAUCAUGCACUAACAUCGGAUUACGAAUAUGCAGAAAUUUUAAUACCUUGAGGACACAGAUUGAAUUUCAAUUUUCCAGUCAAGUGUGAGAGAAAAAUUACAGUAAAAAUAAAUUAUAUAAGUUAUGCGUGGCAUUUUAUAUGAAUUAAGGUGGGCAAUGAUUUCCAUACGACUCCCACCGUUCCCAUCACUCACAAAAAUUAUUAAGAGCCUAUAAAUUUAACGUAAAGAUUAACAAAUUACGGAGAAAAACUCGGCAUUUGUAAUUUAAAAGUCACCUGCUAGCAAUAUGAAAAUGCCAGCGACUGCCGACAGCCGGCUGCUAUUUUAAACCCUGGUGUAGCAUUCACUGAUAUAUAGAAUAAAAUGAAGAUCUUUCAUUCUCCAACUUUAGCAUCUGUAUGGGAUUUACAAACACGAGUCGAAUACGUGUGGUUGUAAAUCCUGCACACAGAUCGGACGCGAGUACUUUGUCGUACGUAUCAAACAUAUACGUCAGAAUGGUCAUGUUUCUCGACUCAUUUAAACUUUAGAUAUAUUACAAAGUUGCACUAAAAAACAGCACCCUUUGAUUUGUUGCCGUUUUUCUUAGCAUUUUGAAGAAAUCACGGAGGACCAGUUUGAUUUUCAUUCUUACUGCUUGAGGAAAAUGACUCUGUGUGCUUAUGUGAGGUUUGUAUAUUUUCCAGUGUUGGAAGUUGUAUGUAUGAAUUAGUUGUCUGUUUUAUGAAUAAGAUGCUCAGCUCAUCUUUCAAUAUUAAGAAUUGUCGGUUGCUUAAACUUGGUCAACUAAUCUUGUUUGUAAAAAUGUGAAAGAAACGCAAUGUAAACAAUUGCAAUGUAGUCUCGAACGUAGCGAACCGUGAUGGAAUAAUGAUUUGUGGUCAGUUUUGUGAGAAAAAUAGACAGAUUUAGAUCGAGGAUAUCCGUACAUGGGCACAACACGUCCUCGAUCUAAAUCUGUCCAAUAUUGGAAUCUUGGCAUACCACAGCAACAAAUAGUAAAGAAUUAAAAAUUCUGCUCAGAGAACGUGUUUCAAAAAUUAAAUUGUUUGGUAAGACUGUCAGCGUAUUAGUUGUUGGUGGGGAAUCCUGUAGUUGAAACUUGAUCACUGAAAUAUUUAGGUAACUAAUUUAAAAUAUUCUAUUGUCUAGGUUACUAAGACUUGAAGACAGUUUGCGAGGUCAUCAUUUCUACUUUACAGUCGCAAAGUUAGCCAUCGAAGUAUGUUUUGAUAUCGAUACUAUUUGAAAUAAUAAUAUUCUACAACAAUGCACCCUUUAGGAAAGUAUGUCACCUUGGCUAUAGAGCCUCGUUUUCGUGUAUGUGACAUUAAUUAAAGCCCAACAUCUUAAUCACGAAAACGAGGUUCUAUAGCCAAGAUGACGUAAUUUCCGGGAGGGUGUAUUAUCACUUCAUGUACGUUAAUUCUGCCAUAUCGUAAAUUCAUGUUUCAUUCCAUCAUGACUGCCUUUCAAGUCUAUUUGUUACUAAUCGACAAUGCCAUACUGUAACUACAACACCCGAUAUCCUAAAUUCAUGUUUCUUUCCAUCACAACUGCCUUUCAAGUCUACUUGUUACUAAUCGACAAUGCCAUACUGUAACUACAACACCCGAUAUCCUAAAUUCAUGUUUCUUUCCAUCACAACUGCCUUUCAUGUCUAUUUGUUACUAAUCGACAAUGCCAUACUGUAACUAUACAACAUCCGAUAUCCUAAAUUCAUGUUUCUUUCCAUCACAACUGCCUUUCAAGUCUAUUUGUUACUAAUCGACAAUGCCAUACUGUAACUAUACAACACCCGAUAUCCUAAAUUCAUGUUUCUUUCCAUCACAACUGCCUUUCCAGUCUAUUUGUUACUAAUCGACAAUGCCAUACUGUAACUACAACACCCGAUAUCCUAAAUUCAUGUUUCUUUCCAUCACAACUGCCUUUCAUGUCUAUUUGUUACUAAUCGACAAUGCCAUACUGUAACUAUACAACAUCCGAUAUCCUAAAUUCAUGUUUCUUUCCAUCACAACUGCCUUUCAAGUCUAUUUGUUACUAAUCGACAAUGCCAUACUGUAACUACAACACCCGAUAUCCUAAAUUCAUGUUUCUUUCCAUCACAACUGCCUUUCAAGUCUAUUUGUUACUAAUCGACAAUGCCAUACUGUAACUACAACACCCGAUAUCCUAAAUUCAUGUUUCUUUCCAUCACAACUGCCUUUCAAGUCUACUUGUUACUAAUCGACAAUGCCAUACUGUAACUACAACAACUCCCGAAAUGCCAGUUUAUAUCCUCAUGUAUUUGAAACGAAUGUGGAGACGUUCACUGUUUAUUCUCAAGGCUUAGUAUAUGAAAUUCAUUGCUUGAUGAUUUUAAAGAAACAAAGUUUUACUGCAUUCUUAACUCAACCCAUGUUAUACAACCUGAUAGCAUCAUACACGACAACAAACCUUACAGCCAGUUAGCAAAAUGUUUAUAGAUAGAGAAUUGAUAGAGAAUUUUAAAAAGCGUUAAAUUACAUUUUGUUGACCAUGAAAGUAUGCCGUGGCCAUUGUGGACAUCAGUUAAUAUUGUUGUCCCAAUUUUUUAUGCGGCAUAAAUUAAUUAAGUUUGGUUUGUUGCUAUCUUGAGAAAUCUACAAUAUUUCAUCAAGACGAAACAAACCUACAUUUGCAUAAAACAACUUACUCUAUAAUAUAUUCCAUUUGGUGAGUUUCAGUAAGCAUUAUUACAAGAGGCUUACUGUUAAAAACAAGAAUGAAGUUUUUAGUGUUACAUUUGUUUACAUUCAAUUAUGCUUUGGUGCUGGAUAAUUGUAGUUCUCCAGAAAAAUAUUGCCAGCGCGUACCGUCAGGUUACGAUCCACUGAUCAGAGUGUUCCAUUGUCUUUUCAUUGUUUUGAAAACCCACUGUACAUACAGUAGGGCGCAUUGCAACUUAAUGGGUUAAAUAUAUUUAAUAUAUUUCUUUUUGUAGUGUUACUUAGACCUAUAUGAUAAGCCGCUCUCAGACGGUAAUAAGGACUCCCUUGCCAGUACUGACAAUCUAUCUGAGAAAGAUCUGAAGAAAAAGAAAAGUAAACAAAGGAGAGCUGCAAAGAAAGCAGAAAUUCAAGAAAGUAAGACAAACUGUUUUAUAAUCAGUUUCUGAAUCCCCGGGAACGGCCGUCUGGUUUCACCUGCGAAACUGGACAUUUGGGAUGUCUGAUUGAGACAUGCAAAAUAUUUCAUGCAUGCACUCAGCGAGGGUGAACAAUCCGCAUAUUUGUUCCCAAGGGGCGGGCAUGUGUUCAGUUCCCUUGUGGCUUCUUAAGGGGCCGUUGAUGUGAAAGGUUGGCUGACCAGGGUUAGUAAGAUGGGCAGAAAGGUGGAACAUAUUUUGCUUGUGUUUAUAUACGAAAAUUCAUCCCGCUUGUUGAGACAAUCUAAGUUUUUACAGUUACCUGGCCAGCUUGGUUAGUGAGUUUUUAUAUGGGAAGUUUUCAUUAAUAAUCUGGAUUCAAUAUCAAUAUACUAAAUAUUGUAUAUGUAUAUGUCUUUUUUAACUAGAAGGCAAAGAUUCCAAGGACGUGAAUCAGAAGAAUGAAGGGAGCGAAGAAAAUAAACUUGACGCAGACACUCUGGCAAAGGUUAGAAUGUUUCUCAGCAUUAAAUAAACGAUUGCUCAGGAGUGACCACACCUUGAAGUUGAACUGUUAACAUUGCGACCAGUUGCCGAAUAGAAAUUCAUUUUCUGAUACAACCUUGAUUUCUCUUGAAUACAACCUUCUUAAUUUCCCGUGAAUAUAACCUUCUUAAUUUCCCUUGAAUACAACCUUCUUAACCUUAAUUUCCCUUGAAUACAACCUUCUUAAUUUCCCUUGAAUACAGUACAACCUUAAUUUCCCUUGAAUACAGUACAGCCUUCUUAAUUUCCCUUGAAUACAGUACAACCUUCUUAAUUUCCCUUGAAUACAGUACAACCUUCUUAAUUUCCCUUGAAUACAGUACAACCUUCUUAAUUUCCCUUGAAUACAGUACAACCUUCUUAAUUUCCCUUGAAUACAACCUUCUUAAUACAGUACAACCUUCUUAAUUUCCCUUGAAUACAGUACAACCUUCUUAAUUUCCCUUGAAUACAACCUUCUUAAUUUCCCUUCCUUUGUUCUCACAUGUGUCAUGUACUUCUGUUUUCGAUUAAUAAACAUCAUCAUUAAAAUGAGCUCAUAAAUAGUUGUAUUUUAAAAAAACGUGGCAUUCUCCUGGAGAUGACAUGACUACAAAGUAAUAGUCAAAACAUAAAGAAUGAAAAUGUUAACAAUUUAUCAUUUAUGGAUGUCUAUUGUUUUGCAUGUGUUUAAUUAAAGUGUGUGAACGGGCACCUUUUGAAUUUGUGCAGGAACAUUUUAAAAUCUCAUUAAACAUUUUAACAAUAUUCAGCUCUCAAAACCUAAAUACCAUGCAUUUUUGCAGACCCUGUCUCAAGUUAUGAAUUUUGCUCGCAGGCACUAAAUAAUGACUGUUACAAAGUUUCAAGUACAGUAGUUUCAUAAUGCAAACAGAACUGGAUUUCCGUUCUUUUGCUAGUUGAAGGCCUUAUUUUCUAAAUUAUAAAUUAAACCACUUCAGGUGUCAUAUUAUGGUUGGCAAUUGGCAUGAUAUUGCAAAAUGCUUGCGGGUGUUUGAAUGGUACUAACAAUCCUGUGUUUCAGGUUGAAGACCCGCUGAGUGAAGCAGUCAAAUUUUUAAAACCAUUACAAACGUUUUGCUCUGAUAACAUUGAAACCCACUUGCAAGCAUUUGAGAUUUACUACAGAAAAGGUAGGCUGCUUUAUACUAUUUGUAGAAAAUUAUAUUAAUUUCAUAGUUACUAUACCAUAUUUACUGCAUAGUCAUUUUGCUCAGGCCGCACCUGCAUGUUCAGCGAACCGGGCUGACACUCAACUAAUUUAGCUGUCGAGCAACUGAGGAACGCACAAAUUUAAAUUAUUGGCGGAUACUACGGGGUGGGGCGCGAGAGGAGGGGAAGACGACCGCCCCUCCACAACCGCCAAUAAUUUCUUUGAAUGAAAAGCCUUUGAAUGGUACCCCCAUGAAAGUGUUGGUAGGCCAUAAAUUGAAGGAAAUUUGUAUGAAAUCUAAUUUCAAUAAUGUUUAAAGAACUGAGAUUUGUACUAACAAAAGGGUAGUAAUGUGAUGGCAACUCCUAAUAUCUCGCAAAGUGUCCGCCACUGGUUCAAAUACAUAUUUAAGCGCACUAGAUAUUGUCGCAACUUGUCAACCUACUGUAGAAACAUAUUAGAAUUCUUGUGAUGGUAGAGUGUUUCAACUCUGAGCAAUCAUCAAGACGAUAUGAUAUAACUAUAUAUCUCUUCCUAUCUCAAAUUAAUAUAAUGUAUAUGUAUAUGUAUAUCUAAUAUAAUUAAUGUAUUGAAUGAAGCUAUUUUGCCCCCAGUAUCUACUGAGCUGCAGUUGUGUAUAUUUACUUUACAUUUUCUAGAUAAAUUAUUACUGAUGUUACAGUCUGUGAAAAGGGCAGUGAAAGUAAAUCCGACUCAUGCAAAACUUCAUGAAUGUUUGGUAAAAUUAAAUAAAAAAGGUUUGUAUGUUAUCGUUAGCCUGUGCUACAAUCUCGGUCAGUGUAGGUAGCGACGAUAACAAGGCAGCUGCGGAUUGAGAAAGUAACCUACGAGGUAGGAGCGUACAGGAAAGAGCCUGGGUACAAGGUUGUUGAGAGUGAUACAACUACCUGAAGAAUACAAGCAGAACUUCACAAACUUCCCGACAAAGGACCUUCGCUCGAAACGUCGUACAGUAGUUGGGCUUGUAUUUUUCAGUUUAUCUCGCCAAUCCGCAGUUGUAUUGUUCCCCUGGUUCACAAAUCUUAUCAUCAAUACCAUAGACCAGUUGCCACUUAGAAAACCACUUAAACCAUAGACCAGUUACCAGUUAGACCAGUUACCACGUAGAAAAAGUUGGGUUAAAAAUGAACAGCUGGGAAAUUUGUUGCGCAUGCGCCAGAUUUCCAUUGAAACUUGAAGAUUUCCCCGAAGAAAUAUUACGAGAUGUUCGUGGUUGUUGUAUAUUUUUGAAUGCCUGUUUAAUCUUUAUACUUUUUUUGCUUGAGACAAAGACAAAGUAAAAUGUACUCUACGUUUCCAGUAUAUAGAAUAUCUCGUUUGAACAGCAAUAGAAUAUUAACAAACAAGAAGACAUUUGACACGCUAUUUAAAAUCUGUAGUCAUGCACGACUGAGGUAUAAAAGCCAAUCGUUGCGAGCUUGACAGCCUUGUCAAACGCAAAACAAGUACAAAUUUGGAUUCAAACAGAAAGAAGUUCAAUGUUAAUACAACUAAAAUAUAUUCUGUACAAAUACGGGUGGUUUAAAAUGUUUCAAUUGAAUUUUCAAAGCUUUUAUCUAUCGCUAUGAUAAUCAAACUGUGAACUUGAUGCCGCAGUUUUGUUGACGCUUGCGAAUGCAAAAUAACUUCCCGUAAACAGAGCAUUUCUACACAAAACUCUCGCUUAGUCUUCUGAUGCACUUGUACGUUCGGUUCUACUAGUUAAACAAGGAAAAUAUUCAAGAAACACUGGUAAAUUAUCGUUGUCAAAAAACAUUUCAGUGCUGAGGUAGUACAAGGUCUCAAGGGCAAGGUCAAGUUGUCGAUUUCAUUACAUUUCACAGUACUUCGGAAUGUUUUCGAACUCUUGCUUCAUACAAGAGCAGUAAACGCACGCAUUUCAAAGCGAAAUUAGACGCAAAGGGGCAAUUUUUCAACAAAAUUCAUUGUUAAAUUAUGUUUCCUAUUUGCCUUAGGAGCAAAAAAAUAUGAUUUUAAAUUUGGAGGAAUCGGUAAUUUUUUUUUCAAUUUGGCCUGGUAUUGCACCCUACCUAUGUAAUGACUGUGCUGUAAAAGUAAUCAAAUAUACUAUUUUGAAUUUCCCUUCAUUGAAAGGAUCUACUAUUGUGGACUAAACUAAAUUUUAAUCAGCAUACAAGACUGCAAACAACAGCCAAGAAUUAGCUGGGUAGUUUGCAAACUUUAAAAAUAAUUGGACCUCAAACUUUGAUCCCCAAAAGUAAACAAAUGGCCAAUACUGCGAACAUAAUCCAAGUUUUGACCACUAGGGGCAAUUUUUAGAUGUAAAAAAACUUGUUUAAAUUACAUAUCAAACAAAGGCAAAACAAAAUUUGGUAUUAAUUUUUUGGAGGAAACGUCAAGGUUUUUUGCUAUCCGCGCACGCUUCUACACCCCUUCCCCCAGGACCUUCUCUAUCAGAAAACAGUUUUCUGCAGAAACUAUGCUUUUUUAUCAGGAAAAUUUUUACUUUUCUCAAAAAAAUACUUAAGAAACACGGAAACCUUAAAUAUUUAAAUAAUUUUCAUACCUUCUUGGGAUUGCAAAUAGCAAAAUUUGAUUCAUUACCACACUUUUUAAAAUAUAUGUGACAAAGUUGCUUCGAAAUCUCUAUCACGCAGUAGCAUGUUUAUUUACCCUCAUCCCUUUGACUGAAUAAAGUUUAUCUUUUUGAAAAGCUAUUUGUUUUAUAGCUCUUGCUUAGCAGUUUACGUUUAUGUCGAUUUUGGCACCCAUGAGGCCAACAAGUUAUGGUAAUCCGCGAAUGAAAACUGAUAUUCGAAAAGCACAAAAGCCAACUCCUAGCUAUGUAACUUUAUCGCCUGAAUUUUGAAUCAAUCUACAAUUAAAUUUCUGGUAAUGUAGAUGCUUUCCAUACUUGAGAUGUUAGUGAAGUUUUUCCAACAAUUUAAUUUCCUUGAUCGCCGUCUUAAAAAUGCAAAAUCAUCAGUUGAAAUUUCACUCGUGUUGUUUUUUCAAAUUUUCGAAUUUUUGUAAAAUAUCGCGUGCGCCAGCAAUUUCUCUGCACAGCGACAACAAAUUUCCCAGCUGUUUUAAAAAUGUCAAAUUUCCAGAAAACACAGCGGAAACAUGACAGUGUGCAAACGUCCACGCCUUGUGAACUUUUGCUGAAAAACACACUCGUACGUUCUCUGCUGCGUUUCACGUAGAUGACAGGACAACGCCCAUACCAGACCUUACUAUACCAUUUAAUCUUAUCACGAAACAAAUGCAAUGGCCAUUAGGACUUCGCUGACGUCAUAGUGCUGUCCUAAUUUGUAACUUUUCGUUGCUGAAAAUAAAUCCAGUCUGUCGCUAUCUUAGAAAGUCUUAUAAAUACUUCACUAAGACGAAGCAGACUAACAUACACGCAUAAUCGAACCUAUAUAUGCAUAUAAGGCCACUUGGACGAAGGAUUAUGUGGUAGAAAAUGUCUAAUUCAACAACAAAUUAAACAUGUAUUCAUUAAACAGUAUAAUAUUGUUUUGUAGUUACGUCAUCCCAGAAUCUUGAAGAAAGUGUCGUUGAAGUAAUGAAAACGGAAAUGAAACCUUUGUUUGGUGGACUGGAUCUACUGGAUUUCAACAAUGAAUUUUUAAACAAGCACAAGUUUUCUCUACCCCACCAGCUGGCUGGUAAGCUUGUUUGUUCUGUCAGCUUUAUAAACAAGCUACUAUACUGGUAUACAGAGUCGACAUAUUCUGUUGUCAAUUGUGUUAUGUGGAGAAAGUGAUGAAUGGAAAUGUUUCUUUAAUAAUGAAUAGAAGAAAAUAUUCUAUAUUUCAGACUUUUCAGUUCAAAUAUAUGGAUGACAUUGUAUAAUUGUAAAUGCAGUAUCCUCCACAAUAUUUUGAGAUUAGCCCAACAAUCAAAUUCGUAGAUUUGUACCAAGUGAGCAUGAAAUUUAUCAUCGAAUCACCCUCUGAUGAUGAGGGAUGGCGUUUCACCCUCGGGAAUAUCAGCACUUCAGGCAAUAUUUUGCCGAAUUCCUCUCGCUUCACGUACAGUAUAUAUAUACAGUAUAUAUACUGUACGUAGAAAAUAGAUUUCUCACAAAAUAAUUUUGUUUAGAUUUCUUACAAAUUAACUCUUUGUGUAGGUGCGGCGAUGAUGUAUCUGCUAGAGCCGUCUAAACAAUCUGAAGCUAUUUCCAUUGCUACUUCGCUUGGUGAAGACAUGAACGAGCGUACUAUAGAGGUAAAUCUCAUUUGGAUUUUACUCCUCCAAUUUUUUUUAAAUAAAUGUUUUUUCCGCAAAAUUAGUUCGCCAUUUUUGUCCUGGAAUACGGCGAACAUUGCUUUGUGCUUCAUUCUACAGGCCCGUUUACACUUGCGAUUUCUGCUGCAAUUUCUACUGCAAUUUCUAGUGCUAUUUUCUCCCGAUGCAUGCAUGUGAACGAAGCAGAUGAGUUACGAAUGUUCGAAGUACAUGUACCCUCAUCUGAACAUUCGUAACUUAUCCACUCGUUCACAUCUAUCAGAAGAAAAUCGAAGUGUAAACGAGCCUUACUGCUACCGCUGCUUCUCUGA